AUGUCAGGAGAUUUGUUAUCAAAAGUGCAACCAGAUCUAUUAAUGCUUGACAGUUCAAGACGCGUAUCACAUUUGGUCCCACUUAACGAUACCAAACCACUGAAUGAGGCUGCAGUUGUGUAUAAGAAAGAUUUGGAAGCACCUAAACAUUUGGUGACAAACCGGAACGAUCAUGAACUGUUAAGUGAACAUUCGCGAAUGCGCAAAACUAUUGCAAAUGUUGUCACUGAACGUCGUAUAAUUGGUGGAAAUGCACAUGCUGAGCAUUUCAUAAGAGAAUUGAGAGCAGCAUCUCAGAUAAACCGUGCGCCUCCAGGAAUAUCACACAGUUCACAUUUACACUGGGAUUUAUUGCUUGGAAGAGAUGAAACAAUCGAGCCAUGUGAUUAUUUGAAUUUCGAUUAUGUUGCUAAAUUUUGA